GGUCGGGACUCGAUAACCCGGGCCCGGGGCCGCUGUGCCACACCCACGCGGCGGCGGGCGGGGUUCGGGGCGUGUCCGGCGCGGGGGCCGCCGGGAGCCGUGCGCGGCUGCGGCCCGUCCCAGCAGCCCCCGCGGCCCGUCCCGACCGGAGCGGCCCGUGGCGGCGCGGGGAGAUGGCGGCGGCGGGCACGGCGGGUCCCGAGCCACCUGGCGCGCUGGGCUCGCUGUUGAGCCGGCUGCCGCUGGCCCCGCGGCGGCGGACCGCCAGCCAGUGCAAACCGGAGCCGCCGCUGCUGCGGACCAGCAAACGGACCAUCUAUACGGCGGGGCGGCCACCCUGGUACAGCGAGACCGGCGCGCCCGUGGACGAGGCCUUCGUCAUCGGUCUGUGCGGCGGCAGUGCCUCGGGUAAGACGACGGUGGCAACACGGAUCAUCGAGGCACUGGACGUGCCCUGGGUAGUGCUGCUCUCUAUGGACUCCUUCUAUAAGGUGCUGGAUGAGGGGCAGCAGGCCCUGGCAGCCCGCAGUGACUACAAUUUUGACCACCCUGAUGCCUUUGACUUCGAGCUGCUUGUCAGUGUCCUCCGCAAGCUCAAGAAGGGCAAGAGCGUGAAGGUGCCAGUCUAUGACUUCACCACGCACAGCCGUCGUCGCGAGUGGAAAACGGUGUAUGGAGCCAACGUCAUCGUGUUCGAGGGAAUACUGGCUUUUGCCAACAAGGAGUUGCUGAAGCUCCUGGACAUGAAAGUGUUCGUGGACACGGACUCUGACAUCCGGCUGGUGCGGCGACUGCAGCGCGACAUCAUGGAGCGGGGGCGUGACAUUGUGGGUGUCAUCAAGCAGUACAACAAGUUUGUGAAACCAGCCUUUGAGCAGUACAUUGAGCCCACCGUGCAGGUCGCCGACAUCGUGGUGCCCAGAGGUGGGGAAAACUUUGUGGCCCUGGACCUCAUCGUGCAGCAUGUGCACAGCCAGCUGGAGAAGCGUGAGAUCACUGUCAGGGCAGCUCUGGCCUCUGCCCACCAAGGGCAGCCCUUGCCGAAGACGCUGAGUGUCCUGGAGAACACGCCGCAGGUCCGAGGCAUGCACACUAUCAUCAGGAACAAGGACACAACUAGGGAUGAAUUCAUCUUUUACUCCAAGCGCCUGAUGAGGCUGUUAAUUGAACACGCCCUCUCCUUCCUGCCGCUGAAGUCAGUCACUGUGGAGACACCCCAGGGGACAAUGUACGAAGGAAAGCGGUUCCACAGGCAGAGGAUCACAGGCGUGUCCAUCCUGCGCGCAGGGGAGACCAUGGAGCAGGCCCUCACUGCUGUCUGCAAGGACAUCCGCUUGGGCAAGAUCCUCAUCCAGACCAACCACGACACGGGUGAGCCCGAGCUCCACUACCUGCGUCUUCCCAAGGAGAUCAGUGAGGACUAUGUCAUCCUCAUGGACAGCACCGUGUCCACAGGAGCUGCAGCCAUGAUGGCUGUGAGGGUCCUGCUGGACCAUGACGUGCAGGAGGACAGGAUCUUCCUGCUUUCGCUGCUGAUGGCUGAGAUGGGGGUACACUCCGUGGCCUAUGCCUUCCCCCGUGUCCGCAUCAUCACCACCGCUGUGGACAAGAGGAUCAAUGAGGAGUUCCACAUCAUCCCAGGCAUUGGUAACUUUGGGGACAGAUACUUCGGCACCGACGGCCCCUCUGCCUGGUGUGAGAGUGACAGCAUGGACUGCUGAGCUGGCCAGCUCCAUGGCCAGUCCGUGCCUGUGCCCCCCGGAGGGGCUCUGAGCUGCCAGCCUGUGCCACCUACCUACAGCAUGGCUCAGCCCUGACAGCCCCCACUCGAGGAGGCCCUUGCCGCUGGCC